AUGCCGUGGAUCUGUGGGGAACCGGAGUGCAAGAAGCAGCCCUACUACGCGGAGCCCGGGCAGAAGAAGCCCAAGUAUUGCUUCCUCCACAAGAAGCCCGGCCACAUCGACGUCCGCAACAAAAGGUGCGAGGUGCCCAACUGCGAGAUUCGGCCUCACUACGGUUACGAUGGAGAGGCGCCUCGGUUUUGCGCGCAGCACCGUGCGGAGGGCAUGCACAACCUCCGCAGCCGCCGUUGCCAGAGCGAGGGCUGCGUGAGGUACGCCUCCUGCGGGCACGCUGGAAACCCGCCCGUGUUCUGCGGCGCGCACAAAACCAUCGGCAUGGUCAACCUAAUCGGACGCCGCUGCGCUGUUGAUUCGUGCGAGACGUACGCGAGCUACGGCGUCACCGGAGAGAAGGCGAGAUACUGCGCAAAGCACAAGGGCAACAACAUGGUGAACCUCACCGUGAAGCACUGCGAGUUCUCCGGCUGCGUAACCCAGCCCAGCUUCAACUACGCGGGUCAGAGGAAGGCCAGGUUCUGCGCGAGGCAUCGCCUGGAGCACAUGGUGGACGUGCUCGACCGCCACUGCGCUCAGCACGGGUGCGACCGCCAGCCCAUCUACGGCCAGGCCGGGGAGAAGGAGGGCCGCCCGAUGUGGUGCCCAGACCACCGCCCGCCGGGAAGCUUCGACGUCAAGACCUCCCGCUGCCAGGAGCCCUCAUGCCUCAAGCACCCCAGCUACGGUUAUGACAGGGACCGCAUCCGCAGGCGUUGCCGGCUCCACAAGCUGGACGACAUGGUGGACGUCAAGAGCCCUCGCUGCGAGAUGGCCGGCUGCCGGAAGCAACCCUGCUGCGGCUUCCCGGGACUUAAGCCGCGCUUCUGCUCGGAGCACAAGCAAGACGGCAUGCUCAACCUCAAGACUCGCGCCUUUAGGUGCAAGUACAGGGGCGUCGCGGGGCUCGGCAUCGCGGACGACCCGAUGAUGCCUCUUCCCGCGGGCAAGACCCAGCCGUGCAACCGGGCGUGCCGUUACGCCUACCCGGGGGAGGAGGCGGUGUACUGCCAGAAGCACAAGCUUAACGGCAUGGUGGACGUCAUCAACCCUUCCUGCAAGAUGCAAGAAUGUCCGGAAGUGCCUACCCACGGCUACGACGGCGAAGCCGCGACUUUCUGCCAGGCGCACAUGGCUGUGGGGAUGAAGCCAAUCGCGGCGCAAAAGCCGACGGGGUUACAUUGGAGCGCCGAGCUGCGGCGGCAGGCCACCGCCAACGCCCGCGAGCGCAAUAAGAUGGAGGCGGAGAUGGAGGCUGGGUCUGCUCGGUGCACCCCGCUUCCGCCCAAGGCGGGGACCCCCGAGGAGAAGAGGAUGCGGCAGGAGUCGGCAGCGGCCGCAGCGAUCGAGGCGGCGGCAGCAAGCUCUCGCGGCCCCGAAGCCGCGGCGGCCAAUAUGGCGCUCAAUUCCAGGGAGAUGCUCUCCGCCAGCACGUACCCCAUCGUACCCCCCUUCACCACCAACGAGGAAGUGGCGGCCCCCCCCGGGAUGUCCAUCACCUCCGCCGAGCUCGCGCUGGCCUUCUCCGGCCUCCCGGAGGACGACAUGCACUCCGCCGCCGCCGCCGCGCACGCCGCGCACGCCGCAGCCGCCGCAGCCGCCGCAGUAGGCGCCCCGGGCUUCUCGCCCCCGCUUCCCGCCCUCCCUGGCAUCGGAACGGAGCACCUCGGGCGAGCCGUUGCGCCAGCAGCCGGAACCCCGGACUCCGGCCCGGCGAAGAAGAGGCGCCGCGGAUCGGACGGCAGCGCCACCCCUACCUCCGGCCCCGGCGUGGACGCGUACGAAGCUUCGUCGGCAGCGGCUGCGAUGGCGGCGGCGGCGGCUGCUGCGGCUCCGGCCUCGACCGUACAGUACGCGGACCAUGCGGCGUACCACGCGGCGCUAAGCUCCGAGAUGAUGGCGGGCUUGAUGCCCUCGAUGAUGCAGACGAUCGGCGAGCUGCCGCCGCCACCGCCGCAGCCAGCGGCGGCACCGCAAGACGAUGGGGCGGCGGCGCAGCCGCCGCCGCCGCUGUCUUCGGCUGAGGCUCUGGCGCACGGGUUCGUGCCGGUGCCCAUGGUGUCGACGGCGCCGGCGCCGAUGGACACCUCCGGGCCGCCACCGCCGAUGAUGUCCGCGGGACCCCCCCCUGCCGCUUCCGCUGCUCCCCCCGCGGGUGCGGAGGCCAUGCUGUCUUCGCCCGAGGCCUUCGUGAUGGCGGGCGCGGUGGUCCCGGCGAUCGGGAGCAAGUGCGCUGUCGCGGAUUGCGCGGCACCGGCUACUUUCGGGCACCCUGGACCGGGCCACGUCCCGACGCAUUGCUUGACCCAUUGCGAGGAGGGCAUGCACAGGCUAGCGGCGGACGCAGACAGAGUUGCUCCCCUCCCGCUGGUUGCGCCGCCCGAAAACGGAACCGCAGCCGCGGGCGAGGGCAUCAUGCUCUUGGCAGGCGCGGUCGCCAGCCACACCGACCACAACGACGAUGAUGACGACGACGACGAAGAGGAAGAGGAAGCGGAGGAGGAACAGCCUUGUGUGUGGUAUGGCACGCGGGUCGUUCCGGGUGUGUGCGGGAUUGGCGCAAAGCGUGCUGCUCGACGAGGGCGGACUGGCCGACCGAAAUGUCGGGGUUUUGUGUUGCUGCGGUGGCGUGGUGGCGGCGGCGGCGGCGGCGGCGGCGUGGUUUGCUUCGUUGAAGCGUUGUACCGCGGGGGCAGGACGGGGACAGGCUGACGGAGUCAGCUGGACAUCCCGCCCCGCCUCCGGUUGUGUAAGCCCUCAGCAAGGAAAAUUUAUCGGCGGUGGUUAUAUCACAUUGGGGUUGAGAUGUGAUUGGCGUCCGUCACCGCCGCCUGGAUGGCGAUGGGCGCUUUGACUCGUUUCUCUUUCACGUGUUGUUGCGUGGUCGUCUUGUUUUUUUUUUUUUCGUGCAAGGUCUGGACCUCUUUUUCCACUAGAUUGUGGUCGGCACGACGCUGGCGACGUUUGCCCGGGCGUGUUGCGCUUGACCCGCGCGUAGAACGUAUGAGGGGAGGCAUUUAUGUCCCCCGGGGGGUUGGAGUGAGGACUAGCAGACACGUGCCGUGUGACAUGGUUCAUGGUGUCUUUUGUCCCCAAGUCUAGGACACGGGGCUCGACUUUUGCCCGUUCGCCGAAGGCCAGUCCUAAUUUUUCUGUAUAGCAGUCAUCCGCGAGCGUGGCUGUAUGUAGCUUGCUGUGUGUUAGCGUUAGCUAUGCGGGUGUGCCAAGGAGGACGUAUGGGUGGCGGCCCCGUGCGUCAAUUGUAAAUCUGAGAGUAACACACGUACAUCGUAACCUCAGCAAAUAGUGGAGGAUGCCGCGAAUAUUUUUCUUUUGUUCUUGU